AUGUCACUCAUCCGUGUUGCUGUCCUUACAGUCAGCGAUACUGCCUCCGCAAACCAUGCGGCAGACAAAUCUGGGCCUGCUAUACGCGCAGUCCUCGACAGUCACGAAGGGUUCGUUUGCAAAACACACUCCAUCGUGGCGGAUGAUUUCGAUGCUAUCCGAUCAACUGUUUCCAAGUGGUGUGCAGGCGGAGAGGUGGAUUGGAUUGUCACUACUGGCGGUACUGGCUUUGGCAUUCGUGAUCAAACCCCAGAGGCUAUCACACCUCUCAUAGAGCGACAUGCGCCGGGCCUUGUACAUCUCAUGUUAAGCUCCUCUCUUCAGCACACUCCUCUAGCUGCCCUCUCUCGUCCUGUUGCUGGAACUAUCCAGCAGACGCUUGUUGUUACUCUUCCCGGUAGCGUCAAGGCUGUCAAGGAGAAUCUCCAGGCAUUGCUUGCUGGGGGAGUAGUCAAUCACGCUGUUGAGCUCAUUCGCGGCGGGUCAGGCAGGCAGGUUCACGCAACUCUAGUGGAGCCUUCAAACCAUGCCCACCACCACCACCACCAUGAUCACGAUCAUCAUAGCAUCCCCAGACCUCGGACACUAGCUCACGAUCCUUCUGCGGGAGUAUCGGCGCGGCACCGUAUUUCUCCCUACCCUCUCAUGUCUCUCGAGGAUGCUCUUAGAAUCAUUCAGGACAAACUAAGUCCAUUGAAAACCGUUCAAAAACCAGUUACACAAGAUCUCCGUGGUCACGUCCUGGCAGAAAAUAUUCAUGCCCCUCAAGAUGUGCCGUCGACACCAACGACAAGUGUCGAUGGAUAUGCCCUUCGGUCCACUGAUUCCCCAGGUGUCUACCGGGUCUUGGUUUCUUCCACUCACAAUAUUGUCAGCAAUCUCCCUGCCAACUCGAUAUAUCGCGUUAACACUGGUGGUCCCUUGCCAACCGCGACAGAUGCUGUCAUCAUGGUCGAGGAUACGCGUUUAGUGUCUGCCCUUGAUGGAGAAGAACAAGAAGUUGAAUGUCUCGUUCAAGUGCCCAAAGGCGAGAAUGUCCGAGCCCCAGGGUCAGAUGUUCGCAAGGGCGACCUAGUGAUGCAAAAGGGCGACUUGAUUUCCAGCGGUGGCGGCGAGAUAGGGACGCUAACCUUCGUUGGUCGGGAAGAGGUGGAGGUCUACCGGCGACCGAUUGUAGCCAUCCUCAGCACAGGAAAUGAGCUUCUCGAUCUGCAGAACCCACUUUCGCUCUCGAAUAAGGAUUGGGGCGGUAUCUGGGACACAAAUCGACCGUCCCUACAAGCUGCUCUCGAGGGCUUGGGCUACGAUGUUAUUGACCUCGGUAUUGUCCCAGACGAUGUUGCAUCUCAUGUCUCAGCUCUUCGUCGCGGACUGGACUCAGCGGACAUCAUCAUUUCCACGGGCGGGACUUCGAUGGGCCCUUCCGACUUGCUGAAGCCCGUAUUGGAGCAGCACUUUAACGGGACUAUACACUUUGGCCGAGUGACCAUCAAGCCCGGUAAACCGACCACUUUCGCAAGUGUUGUCUGCGAUGAUGGUACAAGUAAACCAGUGUUUGCUCUACCCGGCAAUCCCGCUAGCGCACUUGUGACAUUUUACGUCUUCGUCGUCCCAGCCCUGAGGAGGUUGGGAGGGUGGCCAGUUUCCCGUUGCCAAUUUCCUCGGGUUGGAGUAAGCCUCGCAAGUCCUAUGACGCUUGACUUCCGAACGGAAUUUCAUCGAGUUGUCAUCAGAGCCAAGGCCGACGGGUCUCUUACUGCGGAAAGCACAGGUGGACAACGAUCCAGUCGUGUUGCGAGCCUUGCAGGCGCCAAUGGUUUCGUUAUUUUACCGAUGCGGACGGAGGGAAAAAGUGUUCUGGAUGUGGGUCAGCGAGCGGAGGCUCUGGUGAUCGGGGAGAUUUUGAUGAGCUGA